GAAGCGAAGCGGAAGCCGAACGAUCGCGAGGCGAUUCGUCGCAAGCUCGCGAUGGCGCCCAUCGACGACGACGAGGACGACGCCUCGCCCGCGCCGGCGCCUCCUUACGGCCAUCUUUACGCCGGGUUCGGUGGCGGCGGCGGCGCGGCGCGCGGCGCAAAGCUGAGCCUGCAGCGCCGCCUACAAGUCGGCGCCGACCUCCAGAUCUGCUUCGCCUCCGACGACGCGUCGCCGCCGCCCGAACACAAGAACGUCUACCGCUGCAGCGGCACGAUGGAGCAGCUGAGCCGCACGAGCGCGGCUCCGCCGCCAGAGGGCGCCGCGGGCGACUUCUUCGUGGCGCAGGCGCGGCUGCAGGCGGAGGCGCGCGCCGCGCUCGAACAGGCGUCGCACAUGGCGCGCAUGCAGAUGGAGGUCGAGCGCGAGCGGCGACGGCGCUCGCCGAUCGCCGACCUCGUCCCGCUCGCCGCCGCCGCCGCCGGGGGGCGCCGCCGUCUGCCGCGGCACGCGCUCGCCGCGCUCAACGUCGCGCAGCUGCAGGUGAUUGUCAACGACCUGCACGGCCAGAUCGAGGCGCUGAACACGGACCUCGUGAAGCGGCUGCUCGAGCGAGACGAGCUGCACAUGAGGCAGGACUCGAUGCUGGUCGACGUCGAGGACCUUACGAGACGCGCGCGAGACCAGGCGGAGCGCGCCAAGCUGAGACGCCGCCUCGAGAUGGCCGAUUAGAGAGG